AGUAGAACAUGGUUAGUUGUAAGGUAGCCUUGCCGGCGUAUGCCCAUACCUUGUAUACGUUGUGAAGGCACCUUUGCUGGAAGAAUUUGAGGAGCCUAUUAGAUGCUUUCUAUAGAGCACCUGUGUCUCAGAGCAAAAGUGUGUUAAGAUCCACUAGCUGUUUUAUAAACAUUGAUUUUAGUUGGUAGGCAAAGAUACCAUUCUACCAUACUCUCAAUUGGAGGUGACCAAAAGCACUGUUGGCCUUAGAAAGACAGUUGUCGAUUUCUUUAAAUAGUGAUGCAUUGUUUGACACUGUGCUUCCCAUGUACAUGAUCUGGUUGACAACAACAUUCACAUUGAUUUGUGGAGCUGAGUUGGUUCCAUUUAGGGUCUUCUGGACGUUUUUUAAAGUUGAUAGACCAAACAAGGCAGCAGCCUCAGUGAAUUCAGUGACGACAAUUUGAAGCUUUUACUCGGUGUGGGCAUGAAGGACACAAUCAUCUACAUAAAGAAGCUCAGUAGCAAUCAUUUCUUUAAUUUUAGUUUGGGGGAGUAAGUGUCCUAAGUUAAAUAUGUUGCCCCAUUUUAGUUUGGGGGAGUAAGCGCUGUAAGUUAAAUAUGCUGCCGUUGAUGCAGACCUUGAUGAUGAUGGUCUUGUGCAGGCAUCGCCACAUUUUAUUUAGCAUUACUCCAAAGAAUAAUGCGAAGAAUGUUGGGGCCAGGAUACACCUGCUUAACAACAUUAUCUUUAGAGAAUUGAUCUGAAAAGUCACCAUUGUAGGCCUAACUUAUUGAGCUUUUUGACCCUCAUGCAGUUGUUUGAGAGUAGCGAUAAAUCUUGGAGGGCAUCCAAGCUGAGAUGAAAAUCCUCCACAAGUCAUUGUAACUAACUUUGUCAAAAGCUUUGGUGAGAUCAAUGAAGGUAGCAUAGAUGUCCUGGUUCUGUUUCCUGCAUUUUUCCUGCACUUUCUGCCAGCCUGACAACCACAUUGACUUUCAGAUAUCACAUUGCUUAUUAUGGAGUUGGUCAGUCAGUCGAGGAGUAGCCUGGCAAGGAUUUUUCCUGCCACUGGCAGUAAAGUUAUGCUAUGCCGGGCUUUGGUAAUUAGAUCAGUCAGAUGUUGCCCUGUUAUAGAUUAUAGACUAUAUUCACUACAUUAUUUAAAUAUAAGUCUAAAUUGAAACCUAGUUAUAGUCAGUGCAACUAUAAAUGUAGGCUAGAUUCUAGUCCUAGUCUGACAUAUCUAGAUUUAGUCAUAGUAUACUAAUAGUCAUUAGAUCUAGAUCUAUUAUAGCUGACAGGUCAUCUCUAGCUCUAGUCAACUCUAUUGCUUCUUGGAAAAAAUAGAUCAUAUAGAUUCUAAAUCUAAAUGGCUUCCAUAAGGACAUUGAAAUACCUUAAUGUUGUUCAGUCACAUCUCACCAAAAGCUUUUCUAAAAAAGCUUUCAUAAGGCAGCUGAACACAAGCUCAAGGCCUACAGCAAGCCAGAAAGGUGGUGCUAUAAUUCUAGGUUCAGCAUUAGCAGGCUUCACAGCUUAUGGCAUUUUCAAAAAGUUGCAGGGACAAACUGUCCUGGAUGAGAAAUUUAAGAUUGUGGAUUCUGUUUUAAAUCAUGCUACUGUCAAAGCUGCUACCCCUCCAGCAAGUCAACCAUCAGUUGCAGGAAAGACUCGUAAAAAUUUUGUCUAUCCAUAUCGAAAAGGCAAUCUUGGAGAUAUGCCAAGCUCAGGUGGUGACAUCUUUGUUCAUGCCAAGUCAAAUCAAAUCAGCAAGCUGUUUGAACUCAGCCAACUAUUUAUCAAUAGUUUGCCUAAAGACAGUGUCGAAAGUUUUGAGGAUAUUUAUAGCUUUGUUUAUCAAAUUCAAAGAGAUCUUUCUGGAUUUAUUGAUGGCACUGAAAAUCGUGUCGAUGAUGAGGGUAGGCAGCUUAUUGCUGUUGAAAAAGAAACAGGGGGAAGUUAUGUGAUUACUCAGAAAUGGAUUCACAACUUUAAUGUUAUCAAUACUGAAAAAACCAAAAUAUUAGAAAAUUGGGUUGGAAGAGAACGAAGUGAUAGUACAGAACUUCCCAGAAAGCCUAUUACUUCCCAUGUUGCAAGGAUGACUGGAGGAAAUGCUUUUCAACAGCCCAAGGCCUAUGAAAUAGUCCGCCAAUCAAUGCCUUUUGGCACAGUCAGCAAGGAGGCUGGCCUGUUUUUUAUUGGCUAUGCAGCUGACCCAAAGAAUUUUGAGUUCAUGCUGGACAGGAUGGUUGGCGCAGGGGGAGACUCACAGUGUGAUGACAUCAUGAAGCUGUCAACUAAUGUGAAGGGAACUUAUUGGUAUUUCCCAGGGCAGAGUGAGCUCAAUAAAUUGGCUUAAGAGUUUACUUUCUUCUAGGAACUAUCAGCAGAUUAAUUAGGAAAAAUAAAGCAUUUCGUGUGUUUUAAAUAUGCAUAACUGUAAUCUCAUUUUAGAAAAUUUUGUUGGAUUUCUUGUUAUUCUUCACUCUCAAUUGGUUUGAUCCUUUUUUAAAUACUCCAAGUAAUUUUAUUGUAGAUAUAUGACUUUAUACAUGUCAUUAUUGAUACAAGUAGAUUUAAGUCAAACAGUAAUCUCAAAAUAAAUCUAUUUUUUUAAUCAAGCAUUUGUGAUGUAAAAGUACAAUUGUAUGUAGUCUAGGUACAAAUUUAGAAUAUUCCACAUGACUUACAUAGGCAUGUUCUCUUCUCCUAUUACCUUUUUCAAGUAUUAUGUUGAGAGAGGGCAUACAAUAUUGCGACUGAUAAGUUUGAUAGAAUAAGUUUGAAAAGAAUGCUCAUUUGCACAAGAAAAAUUUUGUAACUCUAAACUGCUAUAGGGCAUUAGUGUUGGGGCUAGCUAUUCCUGGCCAUUGGAGAUGCUAAUUUAUGAACUUUUUUCAAAACACAUUGUCUGUUUUUUGUUUCCUUUUCUUGUAAUGCAAAAUUAAUUGUUUUUCAAUUUAUGUAAUCAGAAAUUCUGAGUGUUGAUCACAAACUUUUUUGAAUAUUUUAUAGUUAUCAAACUAGAUAAUUUAUUUACCUUUGUUUUAUUUUUCUUGAUUUACUGUGAGGAAUAUUUUUUCUACUUGUUCUUUAAUGUAAUGUGCCUCCAAAUAUUAUUACUGCUUUUAUUGUUGAUGUUUCUAAACUAUAUCUAUACAUUUCUAUUCAUUUGACUUUAUUACCAUUGUAACUUCAGAUUCCAUUCCAUCCUUUUGUUUGGAUUUCUAACAAAGAGUUUAUGAACAAUGUUACAUUUUUUCAACUAUCAAAUUAGAAAUCAAGAAUUUGUUUUUCAUGAAUAUAUUAUGAUUUUAUUAUAAAGUGUAUUGCUUUUUACAAAUAAAUAGAAUUAUAUUUACACUA